UCGAUGUUUGAACACCUGUAGUCAACAGUGUAAGAGAAUCGGAAUUGAAUCAGCGAUUGCUGUCAAAGGUCACUACAUGCAUUAAGGAUGGCGAGUGCUGCGGGAGAUAACAACGCUAGCAUCGAUGACAGCCUCUUUGAGAUACUAGAGGUUGCCGAGACGGGGAAGAACUGGCUGGAGAAGGCACUGGACGGCGAGUUGUCCAAGAAGUCUGUGCCGGUGCAGGUAGCCAUCGGAGGAUCCACAGGCUGGGUUGCUGGCUACCUGUUCCAGAAAGUCGGCAAGGCAGCGGCCACAGCAGUAGGGGGAGGACUCCUUGUCGUCCUGAUUGGCUACCACACAGGACACAUCAAGAUCAACUGGAAGAAGUUUGAGAAAGACGUCAACAAAACCAAGGAGGUGGUUCAGUCAAGGGUGCAGCAAAAUGCGUCCUACAUCCAAACAUUCGCAAACCAGAUAAAGACACUUGCCCGAAAGAACCUGGUUAUAUCAGGUGGAUUUGGAGCCGGAUUCUUACUUGGCAUGGCCAUGUAGCAACUUCGAUUCCACUUGUGAUAGUUUUGAAAUAGCUGUUUUUUUGUCAACCGACAGAAAGUUUGCAAUUUGGGGCCCGCUGUGUGUCGACUUGGAAAUGACCGGCAGAAUCCUUGUGUUUCCAAACUCACUUUGUGCAGUAUGUAGUCAUUUGUCCUGGUUUUGAUAAUGUCAUGGGUGCUUAGCAGAAAUAUUGGUGUGCAGAUAUCUGCCACCAGUGGAAACUGUUUUUCACUUAGCAAAGGUUCUGCUGCUUUAAGCAAAUUGUUUUUUUUCUGUAGCAGCCCCAUGGACUUUAACGGCCAUUUCUGUUUUUGGAACAGAUAUGGCCUACACUUUGUUCAUCCAACAGAUCCUUUUCAGCAAUUUGACUGGGUUUUGCACCAGACCACACAGCAACAAUGGAGACUUUCUUCAUAAAUGCUUUUUACAUUUAUAUCCUAAAGUUGAACCAAAAUCGAGCCACUUCAGUUCCAAGCAGAAGAAUAUCCAAACCCUCAAUCUUGUGUGCAAUGAGUGUUUCUCCUUAACCGCCAAGUUAAAUAAGUUAUGCAUAUCCUUUGUACGGGCUUUCUGUUCUGUUUAUUUUUUGUUGCAAAGAAUUUUUAUUCUAACCUUGAAUACACCUUGACUGUCAAACAACCCAGCGUGUAAACAAUUUGUGGACAAUAUUGUCAUGUCAUUCUUUAAGUUUACAAACUUCUAUUUAGUUCAAGCAAUGAAUAGACAAAUAUCAUGAAAAUGGACAAAUCCAUUGACGUUUUACUGGACAUUCAGGAUGGCCACCUUGAAUGGCGGUAAGCACUGCAUUGGAUUUUGUAUGGAGCGACUGUUGCAGAAGAGUGGCGCCGCGCAAAAGCUGUCACCAUGCUUGUUACCAAAAGGGGGCCACUGUUGAUGGUGCUACUAUGGUCACCGGAAUUGUCUAUACAUGUACAUACACCUACCCAUUUCAUUGUUUGUUCCUGCCAGAAUUAUGAAUAAUUAUACACUGUUGAUUAAUGACACAGUAUGAAUAAUCAAUUUGGACUGGUCGGAUAGCCGCUUUGAAAUGAGUUUUAGAUUGCGACCUGGGAAGGACCACAUGCUUACAUGUGUAUGUAUGACCCGCAAAAGAUAACUUGUAGAAACCCUCACCCACAGCAUUUGCUUUGAACUUUAUUGAAAAUUAUUUCAACCUUUUUUUAAAAUCCAUGUGGAAAAUGACAUAAAGGGAGAAUCGGGAAUAUCCAUAAAUUACAUGUUCUGUAACCGGAUUGUUUUUCUCUGACAAAGAUUUGGAUGAGAGAACUUUGCUGCACUACUCUGGCCAGGGAUACGUAAAUUUUUCUGAAGUUGUUUCAGCUAUUGGACAAAAACACAGAGUUCCCCCCCCCCAAAAAAAAACAUUUACUGGAGGAACACACCCUUUGUAGGCAUUAGCUUAUGUCUGCCUCUGUAAGUCUAGACCCACCUCGAACGUAACCAUGCAUGUAGCUCAUUUUAUGUGAGACUAUAAAUGCAACUUUGACGUUAAAUAUAGCCGACUCUCAUUACAAAGAACACUGUCAUAACAAAAUACCGUUACAGGGAACAAAUUUCGACAACCCCAAAUGUUUGCACUCUUAUGUUUUUCUUUGUUUUUUCUACUCUAAGAACAAAGCCAUGGUUUUAUGAUUAAGUAAUCUGCCCGGUCCCGCCAACUUUGUUCCAAUGAGAGUCGACUGUGAUUGGACCGUCUUCUCACUAUGGCUUUUCUAGUAUCUUGCCAGCGUCCAGUGAAACCCGGUGGCAUUUAGUUUUGCCAUUCGUUCAUUUGAAGCAGUAAUACCAUGUACCACUUCUUUGUGUUCUGACUUUGAUUAUUACUUAGUUGUUUUGUAGUGUUAUUUUCUGCAUUGUGUACAUGUACUUUCAUUUUUUUAAGGAACUGGAGAGCAAAUCCAUUUGUACAUUUUUUUUGGGGGGGGGAUGAAAGUAGUCACCCAAGUCGUGUCAUUCUCGAAAACUUCAUCAGAAUGCAUGUCACUAGUUUGUAAUGCUUGUACUCGCGUACAUGUAUGCAUUUAAAACUGAUUUUAGGUACCUGUAUACAUGUACAUGUAAUUAUGAAUGCAAACUAGACUUUGAAAUUUAUGGAUAGUUUUUAAUCACACUCAUAUCCUUGUCAUUAACAAGAACCAUUUGAAGCUUGUACAUGUUGUACAGUCAGCAGUUUAUUUUGCCAUUGUAGAAAGAAUAAAUAAUUUGUCAUCUUAAUGAGUGCAGAAUAGACCAUAAGCCUCAAUGAAAGUUGAAUCACAUUUUUUUUAAAUUUUACUGCAAUGCACUGUGAAACUUUAUUCAUAAAAACUCACCGAACUAUUUUGAUAGAUUGACAAUAGUGUGUCCUUUCUGUUUGAUAAAUUAAUAAAAGGUUUGACUGAAUCUUAAUGAGGAUUAAUAAGUGUAUUCAUUGAAAUAAAUCAGUUGAUAAGACCGCAGGAACAA